AUGGAUGAGACCCACACUUGUCCGCGAGAUCAAAUAUUGCCACAUCAUAGACAAGCAGGUGCCGAAUCAUUAGGUAACAUACUUAAGUCCAUGUUCGUGGUUGAUCGUAUUUAUCGACCAAAGGAAAUUAUUUCAGACAUGGCAGAUAGGUAUCGGAUUGACAUAUCGUACACGCAAGCAUGGCGUGCCAAAACAUAUGCAAUAAAUGCAUUACGAGGAUCUCCGAAAGAGUCUUUCGGUAUAUUACGUGAGUACUGUCAUAAUUUGGAGCUUAAAAACCCAGGAACUAUGGCACGUAUUGAUGUCGAUCUGGAAAAUAGGUUCAAGUUUUUUUUCAUGUGUAUGGGGUGUUCUAUACGAGGGUUCCAACAAUUCUGUCGUCCGGUGAUAUGCAUUAAUGCUUCACACUUAAAAGGAAAGUAUCUUGGGUCUCUUUUCAUUGUUGUUGCCAAGGACGGUAAUAAUCAAAUUUACCCACUUGCAUUCGGUAUUGGGCACAAAGAGGGACUAGAUACAUGGACGCCGUUUUUGACGUACCUUCGCAUGUGCAUUAGUGAUUUGCCAGAUUUGGCUAUUAUUUCUGAUCGUCAUCAUUCAAUAAUUGCGGCGGUCGCGAACUUCAAAAAUACUAAACAUAUUGAAGGACUAUUUUGGAGAGCUGCUAAGGCAUAUCGUCUCACGGACUUUCAAGCCGCUAUGAAUAGAAUUGCUAGAGUAAAUCCCACUACAGCAACCUAUUUGACCGACAUUGGGUAUGACAGAUGGGCACGUGCGCACUUUGGAGGAUGGUGGUACAAUAUUAUAACGACCAAUAUUGCUGAGUCCUUUAAUGCUUUAACACGGACUGCUCGCGCUUUGCCUAUCACUAUAUUGGUAGAGUUUCUUCGAAGCACGCUACAACAUUGGUUUUUCAAUAGGCGAAACAUGGCUGGUGAGAGAUCUCACCCGUUAACACCAUGGGCUGAGGACAAGCUUGCUCGGCAUGUGUUCAAAUCUGCCAACAUGAUUGUUAAACCAAUAAACAUGCAACAAUACGAAGUUCAUGACUCACGCCAACAAGUUUUCAUCGUGAAUCUUCUAUAUCGAACGUGUGAUUGUGGAAAAUUUCAACGAUCCCAGAUUCCAUGUGCACACGCUGCUGCUAUCGCAAAGGUAUACGAGGAAGAUAUUAAUCCACUAGGGGAUCAAUCAACUUGGGCACCAUCAAAUUUGCCUGUGAUUUUUCCUCCAGUGAUGAAGCAACGAAUGUCUGGUCGCCCUUCCAGUCAUGCAAGAAGACCUUCACAAGGAGAAGAAGUUUGA